ACCAACAAAAUAAUGUUACUACUAGCACAGUAGAUCUCUUAAUGGCAAAACCACAAGACCAUAACACUAACAAAGAAUUCUUCAACAACACGGUGCCAACAACAACAAAAUACAAAUGCAACGAA